GCGUGAACCCAGACCUCCCGAUAUUUACGAGUCACACCUGCAAAAAAAAUGAUAUGAGUGUGUAUUUUGAGUUUUUUUAGAAAUACAAAAAGAACAUGCUUUCUGCCAGCUGAUAGUUGGGUUGAAGCUUCAAUUCCGUUUCCCUGCCGGAGACAAUGAUGAAUCGCACAGCUUUCAUCAAAUUCAGAGGUACCAACUCCUUCCUUCUUCAUUCUCUCUCAUCUUUCCAAUUCGCUACUCACACAGCUUCCCUUCACUCCAAUGUUUCCUCUUUUAUUCAUAAAAUUACCAAUUUGAAUGAUGCCUUGAACCUGUUUGAUGAAAUGUCACACACACGCCCUUUGCCCUCUGUUGUUAAGUUUAAUCAGUUGUUGACUGCUGUUACUAAAAUCAAACAUUUUUCUUCUUCUCUUGACCUUUUCAAACAAAUGUGUGCAAUUGGUGUUCCCGUUGAUAAAUACUCAAUGAGCAUUGCAAUCAAGUGUUGCUGUCAGCUGUAUCGCACCAAAGACGGGUUUGCACUCCUAGGAUGCUGCUUUAGACGAGCUAUUUCACCCCAUGUGUACAUAUAUAAUGCCCUCUUAGAUGGACUUGUACUUGAAGAUAAGAUUCUUGAAGCGGAGAUGCUGUUCAAAAAGCUCAUCAAGCAAAACCUUUGUGAACCUGAUGUCGUUACCUACAGCACAAUGAUUAAAGGGCUUUGCAAGUUCGGUAAUAACGUUACAGCACUUGCUUUGCUCAGGCUGAUGGAGCAAAAAAACUGCAAGCCUGAUAUUGUUACAUAUAGCACCAUCAUUGAUAGUCUUUGCAAGGAUAAAAUGAUGGAUGAUGCUUUCAAGCUCUUUAAAGAGAUGCUAUUUGAAAAAGGAAUUUUACCAGAUGUCAUUACCUACACUUCUUUAAUUCAUGGCCUUUGUAACUUAGGUCGUUGGGAUGAGGCCUCAAAGCUGCUAAAACAAAUGGAGGAUGAGAACAUUUCUCCAAAUGUAAAAACCUUUAACGUAUUAGUUGAUGCUUUUUGCAAGGAAGGUAAAGUAGAAGAAGCUGAGGCUGUUAUCAACAUCAUGAUUGAGAGAGGUGAGGUUCCAAACAUAGUGACGUACAGUUCACUUAUUGAUGGUUACUGUCUUCGAGGUGAGAUGAUCAAAGCAAGGGAGAUUUUUGAUUCAAUGACACUUAGAGGUCUCGUUCCUGAUGUUGUUACUUACAGUAGUUUAUUGAAUGGGUAUUGCAAGAAUCGGAAUAUAGAAGAGGCUAUGCAAAUGUUUCGUCAAAUGACCGGACAAGGUUUAAAACCCAAUGUGGUCACUUACAGCACCAUGUUACAAGGAUUGUUUCGGGUUGGGCGUUGUGUAGAUGCACGCAAACUCUUUGAUGAGAUGUAUGCACAAGGCCAAAAUCCAAACGAAUGCACCUAUCGAAUAGUUUUAGAGGGCCUUUGCAGCAAUCGUCAAGUAGAAGAUGCUCUCUCUUUGUUUCAUUUGAUAGGUGAUAGCAGACUUAAUUCUGAUAUUGUUGUGUACACUAUCCUCAUUGAUGGUGCAGGAAAAUGUGGGAAAGUGGAUAUUGCGAGGGUUCUUUUCCAAGGUCUAAUUGAUAAAGGCUUGCAACCUAAUGUUCGUACAUACACUGUGAUGAUAAGUGGUUUUUGUCAGGAAGGUCUCUUGGGGGAAGCCAAGUUGUUGUUUCUUAAAAUGGACGAGAGUGGCUGCCCGCCAGAUAAUGUUACUUACCGUGUUCUUCUCCAAGGAUGUCUAAAGAACCAGCACUGUGAUGAUGUGGUGAUGCUUCUACAGGAAAUGGAUGAUAGAGGUUACUCACUUGAUGCUUCGACUUUAUCGUUAUUUAUAGAUCAUAUCGCAGCUGGUUUACUAGAUAGAAGUAUGCUUAAGCUGUUAGGUAAGCUUGUGCCAAAAGAAUUAUUGGACGAUUCUAGCUUGUGCGAUUGGGAGUGAAACUUAAAUAGUAAUUGUGGGAUGACAUGUGGUCUUCAUGUGUUUAAUCAUUAGACAUUUUCAAUGUAACGAAUUCACAACGAUUACGCAUUUGUUUUUGUUGUAGUUUAAUGAUGUUUUGCUCAUUUCAUGAAUACCAGCUGUAACUUGUUCUUUGUGUUUUAUCUUUUGCUUCCUGAGACAUGAUAUUUCACAUUUUUAUCGA